AUGAUGGAUGAGGGGCCGCACAUCGCAACAUAUUCUUCCGAUGAAUCGACUCCAGCCAAUCUGCCUGAUUCGACUGUUAUCACCGAAAUGGUCAGAGGUGUAAUGUUUACACGUCUCCGGCGAGACUCCCCACACUUCAUCAUUCUCCCGACCCAAACCGACGUCAAUUUCACGCUCUCGCUUUCUUCUUUCACAGAUUAUCUGAACACUCCGUGUCCAAUGUUUGCAUGACUUUACUGUGCGGAAAUGACUCAUCGCUUGAAAAAAAACCAUAUCAGUGCAUUAUAGAUGGAGAAGAAAGGAGUGUUGUUUUGUUGGGCGUAAAUUACUAGGUUACUCCCAAAAUUUUCUGGAUGAAAUAACUGCGAAAAUUCUCUGCAAUUUUUAUAUAAAUAAAAUUGAGACCUCGAUUUUUUUCAUUAAUACAUGACUUGAAACGGAUAGUCAUGGAAACUUCAAAAAAAUUAUGAGUCAGAUGAUCUGAGAAAAAAAUGAAACCACCAAACAAUGGAUUUUUUUAAGGCAAUAAUGAGAUCAAUCGUGCGGCACAUUUUCAUGGAAAACUCGCAUAAAAUCCGUAGAUUCGAAUUUAUAUUCAGUUCAAAUAGUUAUCUUAUAAUUUUUUUAUUUUUACAUGUUUUUUUAUUUUUCAAUCUUUUUUUGUAAAUGUAUCCUAAUUUUUCAAUAAUUAUAUUUCAACAACUUCUAUAUCAAAAUCACCAAGUUUUUGAAAAUUAUUAGUUAUGCUUUAUAAGGAUUUUUUGAAGCAUCUUCUCAUUUUUAGACGAACCGCUAGAAUUUUCAGUGUGUCCUUGUUUUGCAUACAGCCGUGCUAAGCCUAUAAUCUGUAAGGCCACGUACGUAUCUAAUUGGCGCAUUUUCGAUAUUCUACCAGGUGUUCUAGAAAAAAUGGCUAUGUGGUAGUUGUAAGAGCAGCAAAACAAAUGGUCACUCUCAAAAACUUUGAUUUGUUGAUUGGUCGGACGUUGACUGUUAUAAGACAAUUGGAAACUCUACCAAUACCGUAAUUUUAGUGAUUUCAUUAAAGCUGGAAGAGUUGUUUUGAGAAAAGGAAAGGAGGGUCUGAAAAAAAGCUUGAAAAUUUGAUUUCGGUGAGCUUUUUGGUUACAGAAAAUAAUUGUCUAAAUGCGUAGUUCCUGAGCUUCAUCUUGAAAAAAAGAAGUUUUGUGAGGUUAGGGCGAAAAAACGGAUAAAACUCGGACAAAAUAUGAUUUCGGGCAUGCUGAUACUCUUAUAGUUUGCAUUUAGAAAGUUAUUUUUCCCGAAAAUUCAGCAAACUGGAUCAAAAACUCCAAUUUGACAUAUGUAUUUUUUUUUCUUUUCGGAAACGUGUACUAAAUUGACUUGAAAAAGCUCAAGCAAUUUCUGACAGCUCCACUUUGCACGCGCUAGUUUAGUCGAAAGAACCCUUCACUGCGCUGAAAUUUCAAUUAGGGACAUUCCAAAAUUGCUCAGUGCAAUUUAUUCAAGCUCAGUCGUUUGGACUUGUCUUCUGGAAUCGCGCCUUGGCAUGGGGAUAACGAAACUGUUUUGCCUCGGACGUGCUAACUGGUUGUGAAGGACGAAUUGGCGGCAAUGGUAGCAAGAAAGCGCCGCCCAGGCGCCGCCUCCAUGCCCCUCACCUGCAUUCUCGUACCACCUAAUUACGCGUCUUUCUUCCGUACUCCGCAUCAGCACGAUCCUCGCUACCUUUACUGUAUUCUGCCGGCUUUUGGGAUUUCAAUUCUCACUCUCUAG